AUCAUUUAAUGUUGGAUCCAAGUGGAUAACCACUAGCAUUUAAUACUACUAUUCAUGAUCCUAGUAGUUCUAAUCCAGGUUAAAAUGUAGAAUCUAAUCCAUUUCCACUUAUUGAGACUGAGCCUUAAUUAAAAGGAAUCAGUAACAAAAAGCUGUCAGAUCAAUUUGAUUGAA